AGUCUUGAAAUAACAAUUAAUUACAUUUGGGACUUUUUUAGACGGAAAACUUCCGUUGUUUGUUGCGUAUAUAAGAAGAUUCUACUGUGCAUGUAACAGUCGUGUAUGUUAACAGCUUUAAGACUAACUUACAUAAAAUCAUAAGGAUUAACAUGAUGAAGAUGAUGUUAAACGGUUUGUUGGCAGGAAUCUGCCUGGCUGUGUUAGUUGAUGGAAAUUCGAAAGCACCAGUAACAACAAAAGCAACAACAAAAGCACCAGCACCAGCAGCAACUCACGCACCAGCACCAGCAGCAACUCACGCACCAGCAGCAGCAGCAACUCACGCACCACCAGCAGCAGCAACUCAAACACCAGCUUCAGGAGGAUCGCCAGGUAACAGCGGUGGAGGUAAUGGCGCAAGCGGGAUGAGAACAGGAUCUGUGCAGAAGUGGAUAGGAAUGCUCGUCACUGCACUGUUUAUGCUCUCGUAUUUCUAAUUCCAUUCAUAAAUCGCAGAAGUCUUCAUCAUCGGUCCAUACACGCUAUAUUCUUGUGAUCAAACACUUACAGUAUAAUAUAUUGAAUUUAUUCAAACCUCAUUUUAUUAGACAUUUUACUCACACGCGUAAGCGGAUAUUACAUGUAAUGUAGAUACUCAUUUUCUUUGUAUUACAGUUUUCUAUCAUUUUUGCUAUUAAAAUAGAUGACGUAUAUCAACCUAUUCUAUUUCUUGUUCAAAGUCUUUUCUGCUCUGUCCUGUCAAUUUAUCUUCUUACUUUUUGAAGCAGUGUUUGCAUGAAUGGAAAGGCACGCGGUGCUUCUUCUUUUGCCCAAGAGAAACAAUAAAGGAUAUACAGCGAUUUUCGAGCUUUUGAUUGUAGAGGAAUACCUCGUAAAACCAGCGAUCUUCUGUAAGCCAGAUGGAUGGCGUCGUCGCGUAAAGAAUACUAAAAAUCUUUGAUCAACAGAUGUUGCAAACCUUCGACUAGUAAUGUUGAAAGGACCGUUUUAUUUAACAGUGUUUACGUUUGUUUUUGUGGAAAGGGACAGAAUAGGCAGUUAAUAUAUAAUCAACUCUGUAGUGAUGACAAUAUCAUUAUUUUAAUGUAACAAGUAAUAUAUUUUAAAGUAAAGCAAGUUACAAGAAACACCUGGUAUUGUAAUACUUGUAAAAACUGUGAAACACAUCUCACGUGCAAGACGUACUAUAUAACGUUACAUUUUAUACAAGAGAUAAGACUAGGCUCCCGACUCUGACUUGUGUCCCAAUGACAGUAAAACCCUUUAAGAAAUAAGACUUAAAUGGAGAGAAAGACAUGCCUCUCGGACAGUUUCUAUUCUGAUAGAAACGUUUUACAAUCAAUAUUUUAUGCAAAACAAAGCUAAAACUACACAGAGUUUCUAGAGAAUACAGUAUCCACAUGGUGAGACAUUAUCUUGUUUACAGUGUUCCUGUUUUAUUUUUGUUUCUGAUUUGUUAUUUUUUGUUUGCCAUACGUUUUCUAAAAAUAUGUUAAAUGCAUCCAUCAGUUUGUCAUAGUAUUUUAUGAUUUGUCACACACAACACACUGUUAAUAUCCUUGUAUGCGUGUGACGCUAAAAUCUUUUUUGAACAUUUUGAAAGGAAAUAUUUGCUCAGUUUUUGUCCUUCUUAUAACAAAUCCUGUGCUCUGCCUAAGCAUCUAUGUGGAAGCAGUCUUUGAUUAUAAUAAAUUUAAUUUGGACCGAU